CUUUUCAAGAGCAUCAUCAUCAUCAUCAUCAUCUUCUUCUUGUUCAUUUGGUUUUCAAUGGAGAUUGAGGUUCCAUCGUACUUUCUUUGUCCAAUAACUCUGCAGUUGAUGAGAGAUCCAGUGACUUUGGCAACUGGAAUAACUUAUGACAGAGAAAGCAUUGAGAGAUGGAUGUUCACCGAGAAGCACUGGACUUGUCCGGUGACCAAACAGGAGUUGCCGGAGAAUGAGCUCAUCACACCCAACCACACACUCAGGAGAUUGAUUCAAGCAUGGUGUACAGUCAACGCUUCUGCCGGCGUUGAGCGGUUUCCGACCCCUCGACCACCGGUGAACAAGUCAGAGAUCUUGCAGAUAAUUGGAGAAGCUCAGAAACCUCAGGCUUUAAUGGAAUGUCUCCGGAGAUUGAGAAUGAUCGUCUUGGAUAGCGAAAGGAAUCGGCGGUGUGUCGAGGAGUCUGGUGCAGUAGAGUUCUUGGCAUCCAUUGUAGAUGAUUUCAGAGAAAAGGAAGAAGAAGAAGAGGGAGCUUGUGAUGAAGCACUUUAUAUUCUUCAUUGCAUUCAUGUCAGUGAGCAAGGUCUUAUAAAGCUCAUAUCAAAUAAUGGAGGUUUCAUUGAAUCACUGGGAGUGGUUAUGAGUAGAACAACAAACUACCAAACAAGAGUUCAUGCAGUACUAAUUCUCAAGUCUUUGGUUGAAGUUAUAGCUCCUGUGAGAUUGAUGGCAGUGCAAGAAGAGGUGUUGAGAGAGGUGGUGAAGGUGUUGAGUGAUCAAGUUUCAUGCCAGGCAACAAAGGCAGCAUUGAAGGUAAUUGCUGAGGUUUGUCCAUGGGGGAGGAACAGAAUCAAGGCUGUCAAAGCUGGGGCUGUGCCAGUUUUGAUUGAGUUGUUACUGGAGGAGCCUGAGAAGAGGGAAUGUGAGAUGAUCUUGGUUGUACUGGAAUUGUUGUGUUGCUGUGCAGAAGGGAGAGCAGAGGUGGUGGGGCAUGCGGCCGGGAUUGCCGUUGUCUCGAAAAAGGUUUUGAGAGUUUCACAUUCUGCGACCAAUCGGGCGGUGAGGGUAUUGUAUUUAAUAGCCAAGUAUGCAGCAGCACCGGCAGUCCUUCAGGAGAUGUUGCAGGUUGGAGCUGUGUCUAAACUUUGUUCGGUACUGCAAGUUGAUUGUGGGAUGAAGACCAAGGAGAAGGCAUUGGAGAUACUCAAAGUUCAUUAUAGGGUUUGGAAGAACUCCCCUUGUGUUACUUAUCCCUGAUUUCCAUGAGUUUCAAUCUUGUAGAUUAUCACUGAUUUUGUGGGCAUCAAACAAUGCCCAGAAUAGCAAAUACUUUAUAGAAAAGAAAAAAAAAACAUUACUGAUUCUUGUACAUCUUCUUCUUCACUGAAUUUCAAAACCUGAUUGCAAAUUAGUUGAAUGUCAAAUUCCUGAAG